AUGAACGCCCCUUCCAUUCAAUCUUUCUAUCAGAGGGAGGGUCCAUCCUCACCUUUCAAUUCGCAACCUGAUGAUUGCGGCUUCCCUUCUCGAGACAACGCGUCAAGUAAGGGUGAAAUAAAGGAGUCAUCAUUGCGACCCCUGACACAGCCUUGGAAACCAAAGGGGGAGUAUAGGCAGACUACGAUUGCUGAGCUCCAGCCAGGGCCUGGAAAGGUACGGUUCACGGCUAGAAUCGUAAACUUCUCAGCAUCCAAGGACAGGCCAGUCCGGUCUAUGCUUCCUCAGGGCUUCCAUUUCCUCAUCGUCAGGGACGAUACCGGUGCCGUCGCUGUAAAGCUGCUAAGCACAGGUGUCGACUACGAGUACUUGCGGUUUGGUGCUUUGGUUACGGUAUGGACAGCCUUCGUCUCCGAGUAUUCAGCCGCGUACACGAUCCGGGUCCCAUCCGUGUCCAUGAUGAUUCCAGUCCACCCCGCUCAGGGCUCGGCCUCAUGCAUCAAGUUUCAUCAGGAAACGCCUGGCUCCAUGGAAGUGCACCUUUGCCGUUCGCCCCCGGACUAUAACCCGAGGACUCCUACCUUGCCGAUGCCGGGCCUCAUGAGUCUUCAAUCUUUCCUCAAUCUCAAGCAUGAAACUUCCCCAGAAGCCAGGAUUCUAAUCUGCGUAUCCAGCGUUGGGCCCCGGAGAACCGUUCGAUCCAUAAAGACCCAAACCGACCUGGAUUUCAUCGAAGUCCGUGUAUUCGACGAAACAGCCAACUGCGUCCUGAAGUUAUGGGACGAGAAGGUAUCCUCCGCGCGAGCAUGGACCCCGAACCAGACGAUCCUCCUCAUUAGCAACCCUCGACUGCGUCCCGCUGACAAGCACAGCCACAUUUCAGAACUAGGCAUAAGCAUCGCCUCCACGGUCGAUGUAGAUCCUUCCUUCAGGGAGGCCGAGUGGCUCCGCAACAUGGCGUCUAACCGCACAAAGAAGGACAGCAUCUACCUCCCCUUCCCAACAGGCAUCUGGAAUGCCGAAACGGCCAUGCACGGGCCCCAGCGAGCCCUUUUCACGUUGGCCGACAUUGACGAGUUUGUCCGGGACGACCCGGACGCCGUCUUCACGGGGAAGCUAAGCCUCCUCAUCACCGGCGUAAGCAUCACCGACUGCUGGCGGAGAAGCAUGCUCUGCUGUUCAGAGUGGUGA